GCACCCAUGGCGGGAGGAAUCAAAGUGGCGGUCCGCUCGGCCGUUGGUCCCGGGCCCCGGUGCUGGGGGGCCGGGGGCGGUGGGGUCGCCUGGCUGCUCUUAGUCCUCUUCGGCGGCGUGGUCUGCGGCUCAGCUGGAAUUGAUGUGGUCAUGCUUCAGGAGUCCCAAGUUGAUAUGAAUUCCAAUCAACAGUUCUGUUAUAAAAAUGUGCUUAUCCCAAAGUGGUAUGAUAUAUGGACACGGAUACAGGUCCGGGUAAAUAGUUCCAAAUUGGUCCGAGUCACCCAGGUGGACAAUGAGGAGAAGCUGAAGGAGUUAGAGCAGUUUAGUAUCUGGAACUUGUUUUCUUCCUUUUUAAAAGAGAAGUUGAAUGACACCUAUAUUAACGUGGGUCUGUACAGCACAAAAACCUGCCUCAAAGUUGAGAUUAUAGAGAAGGACACCAAAUACAGUGUCAUUGUGACUCGGAGAUUUGACCCUAAACUCUUCCUUAUUUUCCUCCUUGGACUUAUGCUAUUUUUUUGUGGAGACUUGUUGAGCAGGAGUCAGCUUUUCUACUACUCCACCGGAGUGAGUGUGGGAAUUGUGGCCUCUCUGCUAAUCGUCAUUUUUAUGCUCUCCAAGUUUAUGCCCAAGAGAAGUCCCAUUUACGUCAUCCUGGUAGGAGGCUGGUCCUUUUCUCUGUACCUCAUUCAGCUAGUUUUUAAGAAUUUACAGGAGAUAUGGAGAUGUUAUUGGCAUUAUCUUUUAAGCUACGUCCUAACAGUUGGACUCAUGAGUUUUGCAGUGUGCUACAAGUACGGGCCCCUGGAGAAUGAAAGAAGCAUCAACCUGCUGACCUGGACACUGCAGCUGCUGGGCCUGGGCUUCAUGUACUCCAGCAUCCAGGUCCCACAUGUUGCUUUUGCUCUUGUUGUCAUUGCGCUGUGUACCAAGAACCUGGAGUACCCCAUUCACUGGCUGUACAUCACCUACAGAAAGAUGUGUAAGGCAACAGAAAAGCCUGUCCCCCCUCGCCUCCUGACAGAAGAAGAGUAUCGGAUACAAGGAGAGGUGGAGACCCAGAAAGCUUUACAGGAGCUCCGAGAGUUUUGUAAUAGUCCAGAGUGCUCUGCCUGGAAGACUAUAUCUCGGAUUCAGUCUCCAAAAAGAUUCGCUGACUUUGUGGAAGGUUCUUUUCACCUCACGCCAAAUGAAGUUUCUGUUCACGAGCAGGAGUAUGGAUUAGGGAGCAUAAUUGCCCAGGAUGAGGAGCUGUCCUCAGAGGAGGAAGGCUCAGAGUACCCUGCUGUCACCCAGAACAGCUUCCUGACUUAGUUGGGAGUCGGUUAUUUUCAUGUAGACUGGUAUGGUGCCUUGACGGUCCAUGUGUAAGUGCUGUGCGAUUUCCCAGGCUUGCACAGAGGCCUGAAGAGGGUGCAGACGUUCCCUACUGCAAUCAGAGGACUGGGUGUGUCACCCUGGCAGUGCUUUGAUGGUCUCCAAGGGACCCUGAGGACAGAAUGGAGGAAGGAGCGAGUGCUGUGGUCGCUGGAUUCUGACAGUUGAGCUAUUGGUCCACUUUGCUGUUCCUGAAGGAACUGGUUGGCCACAGCCAGCAUGAUAUUCUGGCUCCUGUUUGAAAGUUCACUGAAUGAUAGUGACUCUGUGACUGUGACAAGCCUUCAGAAAUUAAGUGCAGUAAUGCAUUCAGAUCAUGGGCUGCAUCUCCUGAAGAGAAAUCUACAGAUUUGAGCCAUUUUUACUUGUCUGCUUCUGUUCCAGGGGAUCUUUAGGUUAAUCUUUGAUUUAAGGAAAAGUAGAUGGUUGCCUAUCUUGUUUUUUAAACAAAUUAUUUUUUUAAUGCAGCAAAUUCAUAUUUUAGAACCCAUAAGUGCUCCAGAGUGACAAACUCUAUUGACCCCCAGAUAUUUAUUGGUAUAGAUCUCCAUGAAAAUCCCUGAGCUGUUGUGUUGAGCCUUGAAUCCUCAUGAAUCUGCUAGUCUGGGUUUCACUUAGAUUAGAAAGCCUCCUGUGGUGCUGCUUUGUUUAACAUCUGCAUUUCCUCCCCACAGCUGGCUCCGACCUGGCUCCGACCUGUGCCAUGUAUGCAGUUUGGAGUCUGUCUCCUUUCCCCUCUUCUCUGCUCCCUUCCUCCCUAGCAUGGAGGUUCCUCUCCUUCCGACCAUUUUGUUUUGAGUUUAGAGUCUCUCUGGGCCAGGGUCUUACCUUGUAACUCAGGUUGGUCUGAAGCUGUCCUUUGACCAAAGCCUGUCAGUGCUGGAAUCUUAAGCCUGUGCUGCCAUGCCAAGC